UGUAGGAUUAACAUUCUUGUCCACUGUAUUUUAUCUUGGAAGGCUCUUGUUAAUAUGUUAAACCUAAUAUUCUCCACAGUUAACCUUAGAGAGAAUUUAUGAGAAGUUUCUGAUGCAGAGGUUUCAAUUAGGCUGUGAUUUGAUCAAAAGUCCUUUUAGCAUUCUACCUCAAAGGGACACUGUUAGUAUGCCUAAAAUUAAUUCACCUAGUUUUCCUUUUUUUAUUUGAAAAAAUACAUGACAUGUAAUCUUUUUCUUGAAUUUUUCAGAUUUUAAAGUACUAUAUUAAAGGAGAAAUUAAUGUCUAUCUAAAGCCUAGCAUUCUUGCAGCAACCCUAUACUAACGAGAAAUUGGGAGAGAGUGAGGCAGAUGAGUAGAGAAAUAGAUGUAAGCCUCAAGCUUCCAAAGCAUUUUUAUAAAUGGAAAAUACUUAAAUUAUGAAACAGCUUGAUAUAGUGUCCUUUUUUUAAAUUCAGAACUUUUUUUAUUGAUAAUGAAGAUUGCUGUUUGAGUUUUUAAACUUAAUCUAGAACAGAAGUAUUAAAAGUAAUGCUGUGCUGCAUUAUUUAAGAUUAUCAGCAAAUUAUUUGAUAGAUUGUUCUUAUGACUUGUAUUCUGAUUACAGAGAACGAUCACGAGUGUGGAAUAAAUACUGGAUUAAAUCCUUUAUCCUGGCUUUUGGCUUUCCCCCAUUUGUUAACAUUUUUUUAAGUAUUUUUGUUAUGGAAAUAGAUACAAUGUUAGUAGAGUCACACUUUGUGUAGCAGGAUAUCUUAGUGCCCAGAUGACAAGUGAAUUUUAAAUGUGUAGAUAGAAUUGGAAAUAUGUGAUAGCCAGUAAUCCUUACUAGAGUUCUUAAUGGCAGUUCCCUUUGUCCUUGGGUGUUAUGUGUGUUGCUAGAUUGUUCUUUGGAUUGGGUGAUUACUUAGUUUCACAUCAGAGGUCUUUAUUGGGAACUUAGCAGUUGGAUUCCAUAUUAGAAUCACUUAAAAUUUGGACUUGGAGGAACUUUUAAAAGAUAAAACUCAUCCAGUUCUUUCUAGAACAGAGAAAUAGAGGUCCAGAGUGAUUUGUUCAGUCGUUGCCAGGACUAAAAGUGAGUCUUCCUGACAGAUAUAGUAAUAUUUGUUUUAUCUCACUGUUCAUAUUGGCCAGUUGAUGGGCACCCAGAAGCCACCUUGCAGAAAGUGUUAAAUGGAACAAAGGAGUACAUUUGGGAAAGUCCUUCAUGUGUGGGCUUAACAUUUGUACCUACCUAAUUCCAGAAAAAUCUCAUUAAAUGAAGGAAUUCCUCUAUGAAAAUGCUGUUUUUUUCUUUUAAGAGUAGAGUAUUUAAUCCUUUCAUUUUUUAAACUGAGCCCCAAGUGACUUAGCACUACACAUGUAGAAAUUAGAAAACUAUUCCGGAGUGAUGAAAGCCAAGAUUUAGCUUACAUUGAAAAUUUUAGCAUACUUGAAUGAAUGGUGCUACUUCUUUGAAUUCCACCUGAAAUAUAGUUAAUUUGGUGGUGUAUUUUGGUAAAACAUGGGAAGAAUUUAUUUCAAAUACAAGUGAAGAUAUUAUCACACAGCAGUUGAUUUCCUGUGUUUUUUUUUUUUAAGUUCGUUUUUGAGGAGCGUUUUGAUAUAUAGGACAUGUAAAUAAUACUAGUAAAUGCCAGAUAUGCAUGACUCAGUUUGGAGAGUAGCCUUCUAAAAGACUGUGAAAACAAGUGGCUCUGAAAGACAUCUCAGGAUUGUUUGUUACAAUUUGAGAAAACUUAAAAUGCUUUUGAUAGAGCUUAAUAUAACUAGCAGCCUCCAUCCAAUUUUCUCAGCUUACUAAAAUUAUUUCAGCUUUCCAUGUAUUAGUAUUUUUUAUCUGUUUUCUAAUGUUUAACUUGCAAUUAAAUCUAGUAUUAAAGCUAGUAUAUUAUCAGUCUUGAGAUUUUAAUACAAAAUUUCCAUUUUAAUACACCCCAAUUUGUAAUCUAUUAGUUGGAUUUAGUUCUAAGGCAGUGGUUCUUAACCUGAGUUAUAGGCCCCUAUGUAGAAUCUAAUUAAAGCUACAAAUUAUGUCUAGAAAAAUUAAGUAUUCUAAAAUUCACAUGCGAUUUCAAAAGAAAGAAAUUGCUCCAUGGCUUUUGUGCGGUUUCCUUAUUGGUUUUUUUUUCUUUUAAAGCUGUGAUUAGGUAUAUAGUUGGGAAUGAACAGCAAAUUUGAGACCUGAGAGUGUCCCAACAGUAAUAGCUACUGGGGUAUUUUUUACUUAAAAGAUGAAAGUGGGGGGAAAAGCUAAUGGAAGUCACUUAAUUCCCUUCCCCCUGAAAAUUAUUUUCUGUGAAUAUAAGUAGUUUUUAGUUUGAACAGUUAGACACUGGCAGUUUUAAAGCUUUUCAGCUGAUUUCCUGUAUGCAGCCUUGAUUAUAAACGCCGACUAGUUGGUCAGUUCUCGCUGGUUAUAUUGGCCAAUUGAUGGACUUAAAGUCAGUUGGUUCUGGUCCUGAUCUGAUUCUAUCAUCUUGUUAGUGUUGGAUUCUGCCUUGAAUGGAUAACCGCAUGAUAGCAUCUCAGGUAGCGCUGAUUUUAUGGAGAAGGAAAAUUUCCUGACAGUCUCUGAAAUUCCUUCAUCAUCUAUGAAAUCUCCCUGAACCUUGCAGAUAGUUCUGAAGUGGCAUUUUUCACUUUAGGAUCAUUGGCCAUCAACAUUUGUUACUGUAGGAAACGUGCCAGCAUGAAUACAAUCAACUGGAAAACGUUACCAUUAUAGCUGACUUCAAGUCCAUUAUUCUGUUUCUCAGAGCAUUGAUAGUUGAAUUUCUGUUACCUAAUCAUGAUCCAUAAUGUGUUGCUCAGGCAAAAUAUAUUCAGGUUCCCCGGGGUGGGGGCAGUGUCUUUUCAGCCUAUUGGAAAAAUGAGUUAUACUUGUUCAAGUUGAACAGCUGACCUUUUUUUGCAUUUCAUGUACAAGCCAUGAUGUUGUAUUACAAGAACUAGGAAAAGCAGGGAAUUCCCUGGCAAUCCAGUGGUUAGGACUCCACACUAAUUGCUGAGGGCCCGGUUGCAAUCCUGGUCGGGGAGCUAAGCUUCCACAAGCCACACGAUGAGGCCAAAAAAAAAAAAAAAAAAAAAAGUAAAAGUAAAACUAUUUCAAGGAAAUCCUCACGUAACCUUCCCUGAUGUUCAAAUACCUAAAGUCCCAUUAAUCCAUAAAGCUUGUUUUCCUUUGUUAGUACUUUUUCUAGCCAUUCCGAAGCUGAAUUAUUUCUCUGUUGAGUCAGUGGGCUUAGCCAUCACCCACAAAUAAAUUCCUAACAUUUUGAGUAAACUAAGUGAAAACAAAAAACGACAGAGCUUGCCAAGCAAAUGCAAGAGAAGUACUCUUACCCUCUCUCCUUCCCUCUUAAUUAGAAAUUCUGAAAUCACCAGUGUCCUUGAUAUUCAAUAGUACUGAAAGAGGACAUUUCUUAGAUUCUGUACUCAUCCAGCCAAUCCAAGUACUGAUUUAGUGAACAUUUCCUGAAUGUAGUGGUGUAUCUCUGACCUCUAUUCUGGGAAAUUUAGUUAUAGAAAGUCUUGUGUAGGGACCACCGCUGGUUUGUGCAUGUGCCAGUUACCUAUUUCUUAGCUCCUAAGUCCACCCUUCAUUGCUCUGCUUUGUGAUAGAGGAGCUGAGCCCUUUUAAUAUUUCCCUUAUGCUUGGUGGCAAGUUUUGUUAAGUUUGUCAGUAGAGGAUGCUGGAGGGAUGCUGCAGAAGACAGGAGCUUCUCUUCCUGGUUCUGGUGUGUUUUCUUGCUUUCUUGCUUUUGCAGUUUGUAGGGCCCAGUGGCAUGUAGGAUGCCCAGUGGCACCUCACAAGAGGGUGUUUUCCAGCAAGUCCACUGGUCCCCCUGCCAGCUUACCAGCAUGUCUUGCUGGUGCUCCAGCCGGCAGCUUCCCAGCAACUCGGCACACCCAGUGGGGUGGCUUCCUAACUAGUUUUGUUGACACCCCCUCCUCUCCGGCCCUGGGCUUCAGUGGGUCAUAGCCGCACCCUCUCCAGCAAAAUCUGAAUCUCAGCCCUGCAAUGGAAACUCUUCAGAAUUUGCUCUUUCAUUGGGUCCUCUGCCUCAGCCCUAGAGGUAGUGGCUGCUCCUAUAGCCACUAUUCCUGUAGUCUUAAGAGCUUUCUUUACCCUUAGUAAUUAAUCCCCUGUUACUGGUUAGUAAUACUUCAUAUAAAAUUUUCCUUAUUCAAAUUACUUUGUAUUCUCUGUCUCCCGAUUAGACCUGACUGAUAAAGUAGAUUAAGAUACCAGUCAUAAGGGACCCACUUCAUUGGGUGGGUUGAUAACCCCUGAUGUAGUCCAGUAUAAAAGACUCAACCCAAUAAGUUUGUUGAGAAUUAUGUAAGUGAAUCAGACUGGCUCCUUUUAGAAUUUUGACUGAGAACUAAGAAUUGUCCAGUCCUUAGAAGAAUGGUUAAGACUUGUAUAGCUGUGAUACGAAGAUGCUCACAUGAAAGAGCCACCAUGAUAAAUACCCAGAAGCUUCCUCACUUCUUGCUUGCUUUCUAGUGUUUUUUGUUUUCCGGUACGGUCAGUAGAUAUUCUUGCAAUUUCUCUGUUCCCCCUAAAAUGGCCUGAGUUUCUCUUCCUUGGAACCCAUGAGCCUAACACUAGUUUGUUUUAUUGUAACCACCAGGGGUCCCUGAUCAGUGAAGGUCUUCCUGUCAACUUCCUUGAUAUUUAAUUCUUACCUGUCUGUGCUCGGCACCAGUAAGAAAAUGUCAUCUACUUGAUUGGACUUGGCAAUGAAGUCAAAAAAGAAGUGCCAGCUCAGUUGACAUAGCCAUGAGAGCAACUUCUGACCAACAGGAUGUAAGUGGCAGGAGGAACAUUUCUUAAGAACUUACUGGCAUAUAGUUCAUCUUUUCUUUUCCCUCUCGCCUUACUUAAUUCUGCUGCAUGGAACUUUGAUAUGAUAGCUGGAGCUUUAUCUUGGACCAAUAAAAAGAAGGCCUCAUUCUAGGGAUGGCCAACUAAAAAAUUGAAAGGAGGCUGGGUCUCUGACAUCAUGGACUAGAAUUGCCAUAUGGCUCCUGGAUUCUCUGCUCCAAUAUUUUACAUCAGAAAGAAACUUCUGUUCUUUGCAAUACCUGUACCUGCCAGUCUCCAAGUGCCCCUAGUUACAAGUCAGCUCCACACAGAAGGGGAGGAGCUACUUCCCAGGAUCUGUUCCCAGCAUCACAACCGAACAUCCCAGUGACCAACAGUGCUGCCCACCUGGGGACCAAAGACAACCUGGCCCACUUUGUUGUGUGGUGUGUGAGUGCUCAGUCCAACAGGAUGGCUGGUAGACGGGUGAAAUGUUUGUCUGUGAUUGGAUUCGGUCUUAUCUGCCUUAAAAUGGUUGCUUCAACAAAAACAGCUCCCGAAAUACCCGCUAUUGAUCAGGCAUAUUCAAAAAUCAGCAACAGUAUCACUGUGGAAUGGGCUACAGUGCCAGGGGCCACCAGUUACCUCCUCACGGCCAAAGAUGGGAACACUGUCAUAGAAACCAUGGUGGCUAAUUCCCCAGGCACUGUGACGGGCCUGAAGGCUGCAACCUCGUACCAGAUCACCGUCAGAUCCAUCAGUCCCACUGGAAGAAGUCAGGCAUCACCUCCAAAACAGGCAAAGACAGUGCUGGCUGCACCAAUUCUACAAGUGAGCUCUCCAAGUCCAGACUCUAUACUUGUGCAGUGGGAAGCCGUAUAUAUGGCAAUUGGAUUCUCAGUGUCCAUUGUGCGAGCUAACGGUUUGGGUAGAAUAUGGAAAGAGAAUACCACCAACACCGCCUUGACAUUCACCAGUUUAGACGCCGGGACUCUCUACACCAUAAAGGCCUAUGCGUGGAAUGCCAAUGGAACGCCUGGGGAUGACUCCACCUGCAAUCAGAGAACAAGUCCUCGUGCUCCUGCCAAUAUUCAAGUCUCUUUUGACAGUGGUGCUCUGAAAGCGUCUGUUUCUUGGGCACCAACAGAAGGAGCUUUCAACUAUACUGUGAUGGCUUUGAGUGACUUUUCUAAGCUGAGCUGUAGUACAACUUUCAGUUCCUGCACCAUCUCCUCUCUCCAGUGUGGAACCGAGUACCUGAUUUCAGUUUUAGCAAGUAAUGAUGCCGGAUCUAGCGGAUCAACUUCAGCAGUGACCCUGAAAACUGUUGCUUGCGCACCUGGAGGAGUGACGAUCCAAGAAGCGCCCCCUGGCCACCUGUCUGUGGCUUGGUCCAGUGUGGAUCUGGGUGAUUACUACGUGGCCUUUGUGAAGAGUGACGAUGGCUUGGAAGUACACUGCAACACCUCCCUCACCCAGUGCAAUUUCUUAUCUGAGUGUGGCUUCACUUACUUUAUUAGUGUUUUUGCCUAUAACAAGGCAGGGCAGAGUCCUUUGGGGGAUGUGUUUAAUUAUACCACAGCUCCCUGUUGUCCCAGUGACAUUAACCCUGUGCUGGUGUCCAGUGACACAGUAGAGAUCAUCUGGUCUCCGGUCCGUGGUGCUGAACUUUAUGAAACCAAGGCUGUGGAUGGGUUCAAGGUGGUUGAGUGCAAUGACACUGCUCCGGCUUGCACCCUUUCUGCUCUAGAGUGUGACACCAAGUACAACAUCACAGUGUAUUCCUUCAGCGAAGUCCGGGGCAGCAAUACAUCGUGUACUUCCCGAUUUAUAACCACAGCUCCUUGCAGUCCUGAAAUCAAAAAUGUUUCGAAGGAUGCCUUUCCCAUGAUUAACGUGCACUGGCGACCCACUAAUGAUGAGGCCACUUACACGGUGACUGCCCGGGGAGAGAAAGGGCUGCACCAGUGCAGCAGCACGGGGGACUCCUGCACUCUGGGGGCCUUGCCCUGCGGCGCAGUGUUCUCCGUCACCGCUGUGGCCGAAACCCCAGCAGGACGGAGCCUGCCCAGCUACAGUGUGCCCCUGGAAACGGUGCCGUGCUGUCCAGCUGGUCUGACAGUAACUCAGGUCACCCAAUCCGUAAUCAACGUUAGCUGGACUGUUGGGACCGGCGCCCAAACCUAUGUGACAGUUCUGGAGUCACACACUGGACAGUCUAAGUGUCACACCCAUCAAAACCACUGCCUCCUGGGAUGCAUCACAUGCGGCAUCAAUUACACAGUGGCAUUAAAAGCAAUUAGUGCCACUGGGUUGACUGCGGACUGCGCCUACCAAAGUUAUUCCUCUAGUGCCUGUUGCCCUUUGGGGGUGAAAUUAUAUAGGCUGGGCCCGAAUGGCAUCCGGAUCUACUGGCAGGCCUCCAGGGGCUCUGCCAAUUACAGCACUGACCUCUAUGGUUCCAAAGGCAUUUUCAUGUGUGCCCCAAGCGCUGGCCUCAGUUUCUGUGAUGUCACUGAGAUACCCUGUGGGGAUGUAUAUACGGUGAUGGUCUCACCAGUUGCUGAGACAGGACUGAAGCUUACUUUCUGUCCAAAAAAAAUAUAUUCAGUAACCUGCUCUGGAAGUACACUUGGAAUGGUGAUUUACAGAGGGAAGAGAAACGCAGAAUGAUAUAGUGAGCCACGGAUAAAAACAGAGACUUGACUAAGUUUCCUUAAUCGUUAGUGUGAUUAGAGAUGGAAAAGAUCUAUUAGAAUCUAUCUCUAGGAUAGGACAAGCUCUUUUGGCCUUUAGAAGAACCACUCUGACUCUACUUUCUGAGGGCAAGGUCAGGUAUGUCCUCACCUGCACAGGAGUUCAAGAUCUGCUGCAGAGAGGCCUCAGGAGAGAAAUGAAUCCAGAAAGUCCUCUGGAAGCCUGCCAGAGUGAGCCAGCACACUGGGAAAGUUCUGGAAAUGUGAAAGGUCUCUUAGCAGAAAUUCUUUGAGAUUUCACAUCCAGACAUACUACAGACUUCAACACAUCCACUUCACGAGUGUUUCAUCCACCCCAGCAUCUGCCAUGCAGCCCUCUAACCAUUCAAGAGUUGGAAGCGUCCAUUCCCAGAGAAGUUCACUUACCCAGGAUGAACCUCCACCAGGACUUCGGCUGAGGUUGGAUGGCAGCAGCUGCCAGGGCCACCUGUAGUAACAAACACCUCAUCUCACGUUAGGAGGGAGCUGAACCACUUGCAGGCUGUGCCAAGCCUAAGCAUAGUGUGAUGAGACCUCUGUGUGGGUGUGUGGGAAAGCAGAGCUGUUGGUCUGUUGCGGAAAGGAUUGCGGUCAUGGUUUGAAUGAGCAAAGACUUCAGAUGGAGGGACAGCCAGGACCAGAACCUCAGAUUGUGGCAGAGUGACAUGUGCAUCACUGGGGGAAGGACCAUCAAUCUUGUUGACUGUAUCCCCCACUCACACGCUAACUGCUUUUUUAUAUGUCUUUGGAGAAAAAAGGCAACGAUAUAUAAUAUAAAUCUGUUGUACCUAAAAAAAUUUUGUCCUUCGAGCGCCAGUAACCUUAUUAAAAGGUAGUGAGAGUAGGACUCGUAUAACACACACAUAACUAAAGCGUUUACUCUGCAGAAGCAUAGCUGUGGAACUAAGCAUGUCCGUAGUUAGGAACAACCAUAAAACUCUGCCCAGGGGGAAGUGGAGCGUGGAAUUAGGCUUGAGGUACACUGGGAGGGAGCAGCAAACGUCCUUUUCUGUGUCUGCUUUCCCUUUCUGUGUAAGACGGAUGAGAGAUACUCCCCAGAGCACCUGCACUUGAAAAGGACAGAGACAAAGACAUAGAUCCCGAAAAAUGGAAUUUGCUGUGUCAGAGAGCAAACCCAGAGGAGGGUCGAGCUUAGUUCACUUUUGUUCCCAGUUACCAGAGGAUGAGCAGGAGUCGGGCUAGGUGCAUCGACAUCAACUGGGGAACUCAUUACUUAAUGUAGAUUUCCUGGUUUCAGCCCUGGAGGUUCUAACUCAGCAGGUUUGGGACCAGGCCUGGGAAUCUAUACUUUUAACAAACUCACCAAGUGAUUCUGACAUAUGGCCAGAUUUGGGAACCUUAAAAGGCUUGCCUUGGUACGUUCCUCCUUGAAGCAAAAUUUCAGUGAUGGGAAGCUGAGACAUGUUAAAAGAUAAACUGAGGCAUAUUAAAACUUUUUUAAGAGUUUACUUGAGCAGGAAUUGAUUCAAAUUCAGCAGCACCGAAUCAGAAAUGGUUAGGAGCGCUCCCCUGACAGGUACUGGGGGCGGGGAUUGGUGGCGGGAAGGCUUUUAUUGAAAAGAGGUGGAAGCACACCAAGGGUAUUAUUUGAUAGACUAUAAAGCUAUCUCCGAUAGCUAUAUAGCUAUAGUGGUUGCCUUAUUUGGGAAACCCUAGUUGGCUGUUUGUGAUUGGUUGUCCUUAGGUUUUGAUUUCUUAACCUUGAGACACUUACAGACGUAGGUUUUGGUUUGCCUACAAAGGUGGCUAAGGUAUCAGAACCACCUCAGUCUGAUGGCCUCCUUGUUUAAUUAAUUUAGCAGAAGAUAGAGGGCUGUGGCAUGUGAGGAAAGAUUGGUGAGGAGAUCUGGAGGGUUCAGAGUGGGUCCAUGCCCUGUGAGGACAACCAUGACCUGGGGCAGCGUUCUGGGCUGUGGUUCAGAGCCCGUGUGAGACUGCCUGCCAAGCCCAGUUGCUGGCAGGGGUGCACUCUAAAAAGAGUAGUGUCCAUGGCUGACUGCAACAGCCAAAGAGCCAAGGGCAAAGGCCAAAUGGAAGGCCAGGACCCCUGGUCCUAGAACACUAGGGGGCUAGGGCCAGUACACUCAAACCCUAAAAAUACCAGAACACAGAAAAUGAAAUGGCCAUCUACUUAGCUAGGCAUCUAAGUCUGGGUGGAUUUGGUCAGAAUUUCACAGAAGACAAUGUGGUCUACACUGGGUGAACAUAAAACUAAAACAUCGAUUUAGCUCAUACUACAUGCUUCUAAGUGCUUUUCACAUACUCAUUUCAUUCUCAUAAUAACACUGUGAGCUAGGUAAUAAUAGUAUUCUUUAUACAUAUAACAAAAAAAGGUCAAGGAAUUCAUCCAUGUUGUCACAGCUGAAACACAAAUUAUCAGGGGGCCAAGUAAGUAUGAAGCAUUGAUCAGACCAGCUAAUCUAGGAUAUAUUUUUAUGGAAAAUAUUUUUCUAGGUUAUCAUGAUUAAGUGAUAAAUUAUUAGAGAAGAAGACCUGGGAAUAGGAUGGUGAGUGAGUGAUCUGCCCUAACCCAAGAGCUUUUACAUUCAGUCCUUGGAAGUUUUUUUUUUUUUCAAGCUCUUUAUUGGAGUAUAAUUGCUUUACACUGUUGUGCCAGUUUUUGCUGUACAACAAAGUGAAUCAGCUGUAUUUAUACAUAUAUCCCCAUAUCCCCUACCUCCCACAACUGCCUCCCACCCUCCCUAUCCCAGCCCUCUAAGUCAUCACCCAUCAUUGAGUUGAGCUCCCUGUUUUAUGCAGCAGCUUCGCACUAGCCGUCCUUGGUUAUUUUAGAUAUUUAUCUGCUCUACAAAUUAUGUAAAGCAGAUCUCUGACCAGCAUUGCAGGAUUUUACCUUCCAUUCUGCUGUGUCAUGUUCAGGGAAUUCAAAUUCUUUGUUCAAUCUGUUUAGGCAAACCAACCAGCGGAGACUAGAGAGGCAGCUCAGGGAGGUUAUGUGAACCUAGGGGAGCAAGCGAGGGUAGGCAAUAUGGUGCAAUGGAAAGGGCAAGGGUCUUGGAGACAUCUUGAGGUCUUAUGUGAUUUAACUUCUCUGAAUCUCAGUUUUCACAUCUGUAAAAUGGCAAUAAAGGUUAUAC